UGCAUUUCUGAACCUUGUGAUGAGCUUGCAAAGAAAAACCCCGUGCAGGUCAAUGACAGAGUUCAGAAGCUGCUGGCCAUGGCGCUCUUCAAGAUCAUCGUCCCGCUCCUGAUCGGGUUGGGUGCUUACUAUUACUACCCACAGGAAACUUUCUCUGCAGAGAUGGUGCGAGGAAUGCGCGUGUUGGUGACGGGUUCAAGUUCGGGCAUCGGGGAGCAAAUGGCCUACGAGUUCGCACGGAUGGGAGCCCACCUGGUGCUGACUGCCAGGAAGGAGGAGCAACUGCAGAAGGUGGUGAAGAAGUGCCAGGACCUGGGCGCCAGUUCUGCCCACUAUGUGGUGGCGGACAUGGGCAACCUGACCGAUGCCCAGAAGGUGGUGGAAGAAACUAAGGCCAAGUUGGGAGGUCUCGACCAGCUAGUUCUGAACCACGCGGGAGGAACCUCCUUUGGUCCAUUCAAAGGAACAAUUGAGCCCGUGAUCAAGUCGAUGACCGUGAACUUCUUCAGCUACGUCCAGUUGACCAUUUGUGCCAUGGACCUGCUGCUGGAAUCUAAGGGGAACAUCGUAGUCGUCUCCUCCAUGAGCGGUAGGUACCGCAAUCCUCACAGGCACCCGGGUGGAUCCCGCAGUGAGUGA